UUGACUUCUAAUGUUUAUACGUGACACGAGGUUGAACAGCUGAAGAAUUAGGACAUUUCACAGGCGUGAGGCACGUUAUUUCUGCUCGUCAUCUCUACUACAAUGUCGACUCCCGUUCUGAAGGCCCCCAUGCACGUGCCUCCCAUGGGGGAAGCAGCAAGAGUGUUGCAAGAAGGACUGGCCAAGAACUUUGAGAAUGUCACAGUGAAUGUCGUGGACUGUCCGGACCUCACACAGGAACCCUUCCUGUUGUCAGCCAAAGGUAUAUGUGGGAGUCCGAGACUGGCCGAUGUGGGCGGACCUCCCUAUCUCCUGCCUCUAGCUCAGAGGGACAAGGUGUUUAACUUCCCCUUGAUUUCCAAGCUGGUCAACCUGCCAGGUGCCUUCAUCAUUGGAGCUGGUGCCGGUCCAUGUCAUGUUGUAGGGGUGAACAGUGAGCUGAUUGGCAAUGUGAAGGUUCCUGAGACUGACACUGGGACUGCCAUCAACAACUCCUACAUUGCCAAGACUGAGAAUGAUGCCUGUGUUCUAGAGAAAGUAAACUCCACAGACUUCUGCCUCAUGGGGAACUUCCUGUGCUCAGAAGGAAAACCAGGGAAGGUCAUCGAAGUGGUUGCGAGCAGGAGGACUGGUCCGGACAACUUCAUGACCAGUCUGAGGACGAGUCUGGCAGAUCACUACAAUACCAAGCCUGUCGCCCUGGGUGGAACUUUCCUGAUAGAGAGUGGGAAGGCCAACCUUCACAUCAUGCCCGACUUCUCCAAGACUCCUCUCAAGUCUGACGAAGAUGUCAACAACUGGCUGAAAUUUUUCGAGAUGGAUGCACCUCUGGUGUGCCUGGGAGAGCUGGUGUCACAUGACCCUGACCUUGACCUUCGGACAGAGCACUUCCACUGCUUCAGCACACAUGGUCAGGGAGGUCACUACCAUUAUGACACCACGCCCAACGAGGUCAAGUACAGAGCCUACUUCUCAUUGGCCGAGUUCGUCUAUAGAAUUGACCAACCAAAGGAAACUCAUAAAGUGGGGCGCUGAGGUCACAAGUCAAGGUCAUGAAACAUUUUUAAGUGGGGGAAGGUUGAAGUGGGUAAUUGACCUUCAGUUUAGCUAUCAAUAGAGUUUAAGAAUUUAAAUAUUUGUCCUUAAUUCAAAUGCCUGAUUCUUUUAUUCUCGAAUCUAUUACUCAUCUGGGUUGGAAGAUUAAAUUAAUGUGAUUGUGUUGAAGUAAAUUCAUAGUACAAAUCAGUUGCAUUAUGCCAUGUACACAAGAUGAUAAAAAGUUCAUUUGUAUCCAUGCAGUUUGUAAUUUGCGCUGGUUUUCUGAUCUUUUUUUAUUUUCACAUAGCUUUUCAAUUCCAUGGAACAAUAUGUUUCAGAAUUUAUUCUUGAGAACUUGCAGAGGAAUCACAGAAUGGGAGGUUUUUCAUUUCUAGGUUAAAAUAUAAUUCACAUAAUGACACACUGAAGCAAUAGGGCUAGUUUGUUUGUUUGUUUGUUUGUUGUUUAACGCUGCACUCAGCAAUAUUCCAGCUAUAUGACGGCGGUCUGUAAAUAAUCAAGACAAUCCAGUGAUCUACAUCAUGACCAUCGAUCCACGCAAUUGGGGUCGAUGACAUGCAUCAUCAGUGAGCCUGACAACCCAAUCCCGUAAGUCACCUCUCACGACAAGCAGUCACCUCAAUAGGGCUAGUCUGGAUAUUAGUUGAACUGCUGUUUAUGAAAUCUUGCAAAAUGUAGAAAUACAGUGAGAAUAUACUUUAAUUUAUUAUUUUGUUAUUGAUACAGCAAUUUUGGUAAUAUAUGUGUACUGCUGGAGAUAUUAUAGAUUCCACAUUUACCGUCUGAUUUCUGAUGUGAUAAUCUCAGAAUUACAUUUGUUUGUCACAGUGAAACUGCCUCCAGAACCCAUUGUAAAACUUGUUCUGAUGUUCUUGUGAUUUACAGACAAGUGGCAUCUCAAGCUUACAGUGAUAUUAUAUUAUUAAGUCAAAUGUCUACUUUAAAGUAGUCAUCAAUGUAUUAUGAUUUGUAUCCAAUGAUUGAUACAUUAUUGAAUUAAAUAUAUUUUACACAUU